AUGGGAGGAAACAAGUCACUCAGGUUCUGGCUGAUUUGGGGUGAGCUGGGGAACCUUCGCUUCUGCCCGGAGCUCUUGUGCUUUCUCUUCACAGCAGCCUGUGAGCUUUGCGACAGCUCUUCUGAGAUCGCACUGGAGGAAGCCUCUGAGGGGAGCUUUCUGGAAGAGGACUGGGCGGAGCCAUUGGGGGGUCUCGCGUGGCACGUGGCACGGGUGGUCAAGCCCAUCUACCACGUCAUGGUCACCGAGACCUUCGACCUCCGCGACGGCCGGCCGCCGGUCUUCAAGUUCGGGCAGGCGCCCGCCACGGCGCGCGCCUGCAACUACGACGACUGGAACGAGCUCCUGAGCCGGAGGAAGGCUUUUUUGGGAUCCUUGGCGCCUGAAGCGGGCACUGCGGACCAAGAGACGGGUCCAGUGACAUCGACCGCCCGGAUGACCUCCUCGCGCUACUACCGCUUCAUCGACACCUGCCACGACUCCGUGGACAUCUGGCGGAAGCUCACGGAGGUCGAUUGGACGGAAUCGCUGCGCAAGCACAAGACUCAUUUGGAAUUCCACUCGCACUUGCCGUUGCUCAUUGGUAACUACCGGAUCUUCCUUUUGCACACUGUGGCCUUCUGCAGCCUUUGCUGCUUUUGGGUGGGCAACCUGGGUCGUUUGCAGGGCCUGGGCGUUCAUCUCUGGCGGGACCAUGGGUGGCUGAUCCAGGCCAGCCUGGGCCUCCUUGCCCCUGCUUGGAUGCUCCUUUAUCAGAUUGGUUUUCAGGCGCUCACACCAUGCCUGGCGAGACGAAAUCGAUUGAGGGGCCUGUUACAGCUCAUUUGCAUCGAUCUCCUCCCCGUGAUCUCCUUCGUAGCUCUGGUGUGGCAACACGCCCAGCCUGAAGGUGUCUCACAAAGAUUUCGUUACAUCCCAUGGCUGAAAGUGCCAACCUUUGAUGUGCUCCUUGUGAUCCACGUGUUCUUUUCAGUCUUCAUUUUGAUUUUGGCCUUGGGCCCCCGAUCAGACAACUUGUAUCGCUGGAAGUUUUAUCCAACGAUGUCCAGACCUGAUUGCAUUCCCAGUGGUGCCUUCUGGCUACUCACUGUGGCCCUUUGGUCCUUCUUCGCAUCCAGUGGUACCCGCUACUGCAGCCAAGCCAUGUUGAGGAUUUGGGACAUGUACGACUCCAUUGGGCUUCCUUUGCCCUACUUGUUGGGCGUCCUCACCACCAUGGUCAUCGUGCCGACCGUGCUAGUCUUCUUCAGCACUUUGUGUUUCUUCCUCACCUUCUCCAUUAGCCUUGUGGGCUCUGCCGUGGGCGCUUAUCGACUGGGUGGCGUGCGCUUAAUGUGCACUCGCCGGGGCAUGGGCCUCACCUAUUUGCCUGAGACCAUCGUGGGAAGGUUGCUGCAUUUGCCACCCCAUCCCAGCCGUGAGACGGGGCUUUGGGAACGCUUCUCUUGGUGGAGGCGGCGUGGAAGGGCAGAGGGUGGAACGGCGUGGAACGGCGUGCGUGAGGAAGGGUGGCAACGGGCGGCAAAGGGCGUGCGAGAUGUCUUUGAUGGCUUCGAUCAAGCACCACAUGGGGUCCUCUGGGGUCAGGCCUUUGUGGAUGUGUGGAACAAGUUGCUGCAGGAGCUCCGGGGACGAGACCUCGUUUGUGACCGCGAGUUGGAGUUCCUCUCCUUCAGGUCCACCCAGGAAGCCUUUCAAGGCCACGUGCCGAGGCUCUUUCAGGCCCUCAGCCUCCGGGCCACGUUGCCGGCCAACGGCGAGGCGCGGCGGCGCAUCGUGUCCUUGGCACGGUCCGUGCAGAUGGAUCCGUUGCCGAAGGCCAAGGUGAUGGACAUGCCCACGCUCUCGGUGCUGAUUCCUCACUAUUCGGAGACGAUUCGCUAUUCCAAGAAGGACCUCUUCUCAGAUGGCGUCUCCAAUGAUUUGCUGAGGUUCUUAAUCAAGUACUACAGGGACGAGUUCCGGAACUUCAUCGAACGAUUGGAGGCCAACGACUUGGCCUUUGGCAGCCACGGCUUGGAAGCUGCCCUUUGCGAAUGGGCCUCUUUGCGCAUGCAGACCCUCUGGCGAACGGUCGAUGGCAUUUGCGGCGCCUAUGCCCAUGCACUGGACGAGAUCUUGUCACAGUACCAGGCCCCAGAGCAGCACGGCACCAAAGCUGCGGUGCGGCAAAGGUUGCAGGUGGUCGUGGCAAUGCAGCAGAGCCUUGGCGUUGUUGCAGGUGGUGACCUGGUGUUGAUGAGGUACGCCAAGUUCGCAGACCCCACGGGCCCGGGCUUCAGCCCCCAAGAGCUUCAAGCCGUGGAGGCCAUGUUCACUUCCUUUGGGGAGUUCCUCAGCAUCGCAUACAUCCAGGAGCAAGUCGUGGACGGCGAGAAACGCUUCUACUCCUGCCUCAUUGAUGCUUCCUGCGAGCAGAUCCCCAUUGAAGGCUUCGAGGACGUCUACGCACGCCGGGCAAAGUACCGCGUGGAGCUGCCGGGAUUUCCAAUCUUGGGCCAUGGCAAGAGUGACAACCAGAACUGCGCCAUGAUCUUUACACGUGGAGAGGUCUUGCAGAUGAUCGAUGCAAACCAGGACGCCUACUUUGAGGCCUCCCUGUUCCUCCCGAGUGCCCUCCAAGAAUUCUGCGGCCCAGAGAAGACGUUGAAGGGCCGCCCGGGCAUCGUGGGCUUCCGCGAGCACAUCUUCUCGGCGGUGGGACUUUUGGGGCGCCUGGCGGCGGACAGCGAGUUCACCUUCGGCACCAUGAUCCAACGGACUUUGGAUUGGCCCUUGAACAGCCGAUUCCACUAUGGGCACCCGGACUUGAUGGACAAGUUGCAGGUGGUUCAGCAGGGUGGUGUCUCCAAGGCGACGCGUGGCCUUAACCUGUCAGAAGAUAUUUUUGCUGGGCUGGACCUUUCUUUGAGAGGUGGCUGGACAGUCUACAAGGAGUACUUCCAUGUUGGAAAGGGCAGAGAUAUGGGCUUCAUGAGUGUGCUUUCCUUCUAUGCCAAAGUCUCCAUGGGAAAUGCCGAGCAGGCUCUCACGCGUCAGUGGAUGCGCUUGGGUCUCCACCUGGAGCUCUCGCAGCUCUUGGGCAUCUUCUACUCGCACAUCGGCUUCUACAUGAAUCAGUGCUUGGUGAACCGCGCGACCAAGGCCUUCUGCUUCGCGGCGGUGCUUUUCGCCCUUGCAGGCGAGGCCCAGGAGAGCUUCUCCCACCUGGCUGUGGAGAUGAUUUCCAGCUACUUCGGCUACUUCUAUCUUCUCUUCGUCUUGGCCUCCAUGCUCCCCUUCGUCUUUGAGACGAUGCUGGAAGAGGGAGGAGACUUGAUCGGAUCCGUCAGCACUAAGACCGGGAGCAAGAGAUUGAUUACACCAGUCUUCCAGCCAAACUGA